UGUCCCCCUGUGAGGCGCUUCCGGUUCGGGCAGGGUGAGGUGAGGCCUAGUCGGUUCCGGCCAUGGCGCCCGUGAAGGCCGGCGGGAAGGAGGCCUUGGUGCUGCAGUGCGAGUGGGAGGCGUGCAGCUACGUGGCAUCAGCCAUGGAGGAGUUCUGCAGCCAUGUCACACAGCACCUCCAUCGGCACCUGCCCGGCGAGCAGCGGGACGAGCUGGAUCCGCUCGAGGAAUACACGUGUCUGUGGCAGGAAUGUGGUUUCUGUUCCCCUGAGAGCCCCGCCGACCUCAUCCGCCACGUCUAUUUCCAUUGCUAUCACACCAAGCUGAAGCAGUGGGGGCUGAGGGCCCUGCAGGGCCAGGCGGAGCUGAGUCACUGCCAGCUGGACUUCCAGAGCCGCAACAUCAUCCCUGAGAUCCAGGAGAACUUUCAGUGUCUAUGGGAGUACUGCGAGAGAUCGUUUGAUAAUCCCGAGUGGUUCUAUCGGCACGUGGAGGAUCACAGCUUCUGUUCUGAGUACAAGGCAGCUGGGAAGGAGAACCACGUGGUGCUCUGUGGCUGGAAAGACUGUGACUGCACCUUCAAAGGGCGCUGCAAGCUGCGGGAGCACCUACGCAGCCACACACAGGAGAAGGUGGUGGCCUGUCCUACCUGUGGUGGGAUGUUCGCCAACAACACCAAGUUCUUUGACCACAUCCGCCGUCAGACUGCACUGGACCAGCAGAGGUUUCAGUGUUCUCACUGCUCCAAGAGGUUCGCCACAGAGAGGCUGCUCCGUGACCACAUGAGGAACCACGUGAACCAUUAUAAGUGUCCUUUGUGUGACAUGACCUGCCCACUGCCCUCCUCCCUCCGCAAUCACAUCCGUUUUAGGCACAGUGAAGAACGGCCAUUUAAAUGUGACUACUGUGACUACAGGUGCAAGAAUCUCAUUGACUUGAGGAAACAUCUGGAUACGCACAGCAAAGAACCAGCCUAUCGCUGCGAGUUUGAGGCUUGCAGCUUCUCUGCACGUUCCCUCUGCUCCAUUAAACUGCACUAUCGAAAAGUCCACGAGGGUGACUCAGAGCCCCGCUACAAGUGCCACGUCUGUGACAAGAGCUUCACACGUGGGAACAACCUCACUGUCCACCUCAGGAAGAAACACCAGUUCAAAUGGCCCUCGGGGCAUCCUCGCUUCAGGUACAAGGAACACGAGGAUGGCUACAUGAGGCUGCAGCUGGUGCGUUAUGAGAGCGUGGAGCUGACGGAGCAGCUACUGAAGGAUGGAGAGAAACAGGAGGAGGCGCUGGAUGGCUCCACUGAUGGUGUGGUGCUGUCUGAAGGUGAGGCCAACCUGCAGGGCAUCAUUCUGGAGGCUCCAACAGAGGCUCCCUCUAUGGAAAGCAACGUAUCCGAGCCACACAUGGCCCUACUGCAUCCUGCAGCCUGCUCUGCCAACAGCUCUGAACAAGCACAGCCCAGUGCCCUCUCAGGAGCAGUGCAGCCCUCAGAGCAGGAGCCCAGCACCCCAGCCAACCCCAUCAUCCGUGUGGUGAACAGGACCAAUGAGCAUGGGGAGAGUGAGACUGUGUAUUAUAUCAUGGCCAACACGCCCUCAGAGGAGCGGGCGGCAGCAGCCAGUGGGCUGGGUAUGGAACUGGAGGAGAAUAUCAUGGACCGUCUGCAGAAGACAGCUGAAGAGCUGGGUAUCCAUAUUGUGUGAGGUGCUCACCUGCAAACCUUGGGCUUCUGUGGGACGUGGUGCAGGGAGAGGUUGGGAAAUGUGUAGGGGGAAAGGGUCCAGCCUGUCUGAAAGGGUCCAGAGGUGUCUGCACUGCCAUUCCCAUUUCAUUGCAUUGAUCUCUAUGGGAGGAGAGGACUGCAAGAAGGCACUGGCCCUUGCAGGCUACUACUGCCCUGCAGUAUGGGGGUGCUUGGGGCCUUCCUGCUUUUGUUCUUCCUUGAGUUUGCUCCCCACAUUGGGGGGUUUGGGCUCCUGGUUGUGCAGAGUGUACUUUAGAGCCAAAUAAAGGUCAGACUGCCAGGCCA